AUGGCGGACUUCAAUGCCAUCGAGAAUCCCCCAAUCAAUUAUCGAUCUCUCGCAAUCUUUUGGGGCUACCUGUCACUCGCAACUGGGCUUAUCCUCGGCUUAAUCCGCGAUAUCUAUGUCCGAUAUCAUGCCCGCCAGAAGCAAAAUAGCUGGGCUGGACCCCAGCGGCGCAAGCAAUUCUAUUGCUUCGCCACUCUAGCAGCUUUGAGCCUCGGUUUUACAUGGUUCCAUAUGAUCAGUUUGUUUGUUUGGUCAUACAAGAAUUGGGCAUCUAGUCCCGAUGGACUAAUGUAUUCGGGUGUCGAUACGACUCUCGUCGUGCGCAUGGGUCUUUGGCUUAAGAAGACGUAUGUUUUCCAGGAAGCUUGGGAGACAGUCUCUGAGAAUCCGACGCGGUUUUGGUGGAGUGGGCAGAUCUUUGGGUGGACGAUUGGGUGGAGUGUCUUUCUUGGCAUCACCGGUCGGAGAUAUUGUAUUCCCCGUGUUUGGGUGUACAUGCUCAUUGCCCAAGCUGUCAGUGUAUCUUUUGCCGCGAAUCUUUUCUUCGCUGCGAUUACUGUGUCCCAACGACCCAACGAGAAAAGUAUUCUCUUCGCGUGGUCUCCGCCACUAGUAUAUGAGCUCGUUCCAGUUGUACUCUCACUCCUGGACACGGUCGCUGUCCCGAUCUUCGCGUAUCAGAAGCGAUUUAUGAUCAUCCUCCUCGCGCCCCAUGCUCUAGUUUUUAUUCCUUGCGUGCUGCGCCCAAUGAGUUCUGCCUCUAAGAGUGCUGCAACAAAAGUCCAGGCAGAACAAACGACCAAGCGAUACGCUUUAUUCAUAUACUGGGUUGCGGCGGCGUCCGUUGUUCUGCAGGCAUAUUUCACUGUUCUGAUGUUGCAAGAUAUAGGCCCAGAUGUGUCAUACGGAGAGGUGGCUCAACGGCUCUUCGAUACGGUCUAUGUCCAUCCGGCUUGUAGCAGCGUGAGCUGGGAUGUGAUAUUUUGUACACUGAGUUCUUUUGCUUGGGCUGUUGUGCACAAUUUUGAGGCGAGUCGAAUGCUUGGUGGACGGUGA